AUGCAACAAGUAAGAGCUGAAGCCAUAAUCAAGCAUGAUGACCGACUUGUUGCAUAUGUGCCCAAGAAAAGCAGGGGCCAUAGACAACGCUUAGACAUAAAACCGCAUUCUCAUUCAUCUUUAUCUCUUCAUGUGAAGUCUUCUGGGAGCAUGAACGAGAACAAGAAAAGGACACCUACUGACAUGCCUGAGGAAUGGUGGCAUAAAAUUCAAGCAAAAGGAGGCAUUGAUGUAAAGUUGGCAAUAAUGAAACAGAUGUUUGCCACUGAUUUGAGUACUCACCACAAUUGUUUCUCAAUCCCUUUUAAGCAGAUAAGAGAUUUCAGUUUUCUUACAGAGGAUGAGAAGAGAAAGUUAAAGGAGCCCAAGGAGAAAAUGCCAGUUACACUCAUGGAACCUUGUGGUUGA